CAGGUACAAGAGCGGCACAUGCUAGGUGUCGUGCAAGCAAUUCGCUCCCCUCGGCCGCCCCCUUCUCGCCGCUUCCCGUGGAGCCUUCUUUAUGCCGCUGCCGCUCGGCGCCGGUGCGGCGGUGCGCGGCACGAGCUAGCUGGGUGGUUUAAUCGGUCCGGCAAUGGCGCCCGUGACGUCGAGGAGUCAUCUGUCCGUGCUGCGUGGGUUCCUGGCGCUCGCCGCGGCGGUCUUGUGUUUCUCCGGCGACGCCGCCGAGGCCCGCGUGCUGCUCACCCUCGACGACUUCGGCGCCGUCGGCGACGGCGUCGCCAACGACACCCAGGCAUUCCUGGACGCGUGGACCGCGGCGUGCGGCUCCGAGGAGCAGGCCGUCCUCGCCGUGCCCGCCGCCAAGGCCUACCGGAUCUGGCCGCUGCAGCUCACCGGGCCCUGCAAGAAGAAGCUCAAGCUGCUGAUUGCCGGGACGAUCGUGGCGCCGUCGAGCCCCGACGAGUGGGCGGGGAGGGACUGGAUGAAGUGGCUGUACAUCUACGGCGUGGAUAACCUGUCCGUGAGCGGCGGCGGCACCAUCGACGGCGCCGGGCAGGAGUGGUGGGCGCGCUCCUGCAAGCGCAAGAAGACCCAGCCCUGCAACACGGUGGCUCCUCCCAGGGUGGUGCACUUCGAGGAGUGCAGGGGUGUGAGCGUGCAGGGGCUGACGCUGCAGAACGGGCAGCACUUCCACCUGUCCUUCACGCGGUGCACCGACGUGAAGGCCAACUUCCUCCGGGUGGUGGCGCCGGCGGACAGCCCCAACACCGACGGCAUCCACCUUAACGACACCUCACGCGUCGAGAUCAUGGAUAAUCUCAUCUCCGUAGGUGACGAUUGCGUGUCAAUGGUCGGCAACUGUUCUGACAUCCGUGUAAGAGACAUCUCGUGUGGGCCCGGCCAUGGCAUCAGCAUUGGAAGCCUAGGCAAGAAUCGGACCACCGAUAGGGUCGAGAACGUGAGGGUGGACACCUGCUUGCUCACCAACACAACAAACGGCGUCCGGAUCAAGAGCUGGCAGGGAGGAAUGGGCUUUGCUCACGACCUGAGGUUCGAGAACAUCGUGAUGAAGAACGUGUCCAACCCCAUCAUCAUCGACCAGUACUACUGCGACCAGCCAACGCCAUGCGCAAACCAGACGGAGGCGGUGGAGGUGCGCAAGGUCGAGUUCGUCGACGUCAGGGGCACGUCGGCGACGGCGCAGGCGAUCGACAUCGCGUGCAGCGACACAGUGCCGUGCCGGGAGCUGGAGCUGAAGAACGUCAACCUGACGCUGGAAGGCGGGGGCGCAGCGUCGGCGUCAUGCUACAAGGCGUUCGGCAAGGCCGUCGGCACCGUUGUCCCGGCGUCCUGCCUCGCGAGGCACGACUCUUGAUGGCCGCCGUGGAAUGAUGUGGAGACUGUUUGUAUAGUCUACCGGCAUUUUGAAUACAGAUUCGCAAGUGUUUCUGCGUUAUGAACUGAAUGUUCAUGACUGUUUUGAUGAGCUCUAGACAACUACCAGCCACACACAUGGCAAAAACAUGUAAGUAUGUAGAUGUUCUUCCGUAAC